CGACGAAGCUUAUGCAGCGCGUAAAUGUGAUCGAUGAGAAGAAAAAGUUAAAUAUGCAAGAAGAUUUAUAGUUGGAUUCGAAGAAACGAUUUAGUAACGUUCACCGUGAACCCUUCGAGCGAAAUCGAUCGAGUCCGCCAUUUAUUACUGAGGGAAUAAACUGGUCGCAGGGCGUUAGCACUUUCUCACGGACUUCACCAUGACGACGGCGACGCCGGGCCAGGUUGCAUUGAUCCUCCUGAGCGAGUCAGCGAAUAACAACUGCCGAAGCGGGCAGCUCACUGUUAUCUUUCGAUAUCUAGAUUCUUUGGACUUGGACCACAGAUUUCAAGAUCGAGCUAGAUUGUUGAAUUCAUUUAGUGAAUCAUGACGGAGCACAGAGGCACAUCGUUCUUUCAUUCGUGCGUGAAGAUGCCAGUAGACCCCUGCAGCCGGCAACCGACUCCUUCAUAUGAGCGACCUCGAUUAUCGUCCAGAGGUCAAAGGUCGAAGGAAAAAGUGAAGAGGAUUAACUUCGUCGAAGGUGAACCACCUGCUGUUGAAGACUCGGAAUCAUCGAGUCCGCGCGACACCCUGGAGAACUUUCUGGAGUUCCUGAAAAGCAUACCCGAUUAUGGACAAGUGCAUCACCUGUCGAACGAGCAGUUCAAGCAACAGCUUGAGUAUCUGAAAAGGAAGCAGCGGUUAUUGCUUCAGAAUUUGAAGAACUCACUGGACGACACAGAGAAACCGUCGUCGCGAUUAUCGUUUGCGAGAAACGAAAGCUCGAAAUCAAAGAAUGAAAUUAAGUCAGAUCAUCUGAAGUUGAGCGGCAAGAAAUGUUAUCUUGAAGAGUCCAGGACUAGCAGCCCGAUAUUGUUUCCGUGUGGUACUUUUGCCGGUCUCGCCGAGGAUCAAGAUUUACUGACGUACAGAUGCAGAGACAAGGACAAGGAGACAAAAACGAUGCGCAAUAAGGAGAUACUCGCUGCCAACAAGAGCUGGAGCACAUGGAGCGGGUCGAAGAGUGAUGACAGCGUCGAUAGUGAGGAUGGCGAGGAUAGUAUUGAGACUAAAAGUUUACCACCGAGCAGCUCCAAAGAAUGGCACCCCACCGUGCCCAAACCAUUUAGCUUCAUGCUGAGAGAGGAGGCGGAAAAAUAUAUGGCGGAGAUAGAGACGGCCGAAUGCGCGAAGCAGGAUAACGAAAAGAAGAGUCCUUCGAAAAAACGGCGUGUCAGGCCGAUUCCCAUUACGUCCAAGAUACCACUUUACGACAAACUGAUGGCCGAGAAAGAAGAAAGAAGUCGCAUCGUGCGCGAGGAAAGCGCGCUGAAUCUACUGUCGCAGGUGCGACCUUUCAAGCUGGAGUGCGACCGUCGUGCCUGGCGAUCUCUGGCGAGGUCCAGUCCUGAGCUCCGCUCGGCUUCUAAAAGCAGCUGUUCAUCGCGCUUCAAGGCCAAGCCGGUGCCAAGAAACCUGUUCGGCACCGAGGUUUAUGAUCGCAUGCUCGAGGACGAAUAUUACAGGCAACUGAGAAAAAGGGUGAGAGCCGCCGAGCUGCUGAAAUCCUCUUCCUUGCCGCCGUCGAUGGCGAGGCGCGAGCGAGUCAAGUCGGCGUGUUCAUUUUUGCAGGAUGCAGCAAGUAAGGACGAAGACGAUGAGCCCGUCGUUACUCCGGCAACGACAGCGACGACAUCUGACAGGGUCAGAUCUGCGAUGACGUCCUUGAUGUCCUCGCGCGGAAACAAUCUGGCUGCGAUCCUGAGAUGCCAAGCCUCACGAGAGAAACUGGAGCACGAGAUACGGGAGCGAAUGGAGGAAAAACGGCGGGAGCAGCUGCUGAAGGUCAGAGAGACGUUGAUCGGCCGGAAACCCGCGUGGAGGGCCCUGAGAUCGGCCGCGAGGCACGAGCAUGACAGGGACCUGGAUUUACGGACGUCCCUCCGCCGUGACGAGGCGCGGGAACAGGCCGAGCGCCAUCGCUUGCACAUGGAGAUGAUGCUGGAUCGCGUCACGCAAAUACCAACUCUCUUCGAACGGCAUUCCCAGAGCUUCCAGUCGCUUGCGAAGGCGCAGCAGCAAAAGACUUCUUCGAAGAGCGCCCGGAAAAAGAAAAAGAAGAAGAAGAAGAAGCAGCAACAGCCGAAGAGGUCCACUUCAAGCAGCCUGGACUCAUACUUGAGCUUUGCCAGCAAUUACAGACCGAAUUCCGGUUCGUUGAUCAGCUCUUCCGGCACUCUGGCGUCUUCGAGCCAGUCGUCGUCGAAGUCGUCUCACGACUCUUCCGACAAGUCGGUGACCACCAAGUCGGAAACAUCGACGUUGAAGAGAAAGACCGAUCGAGGCCCGCUGAAGGUGUCAAUCAACGAGACGGCGGAGCUGAUUGAGGAUCGUAACGAGAAAUCGUUCAGCAGCGACGAACGGUCUCGCAGCGAGGAACAUGAGGACGCGUUGUAAAGACAACGUUGUCGCCAAAGAGUGAACUAAGCAAUCAGUAACUCGUAAUUAAUUUGGAUUUGUGCAAUAUCAAGUUUUUAUACUCUAAUACGAUAUUAAUUCGAUAUAUAUUAUGAUAAGGUAAGCUUUAAGAUUCGCUCGAAUUGAAGAAUUCGUUUUAUCUAUUCUUGAUAAUCUUAUCCGUUUUGCGUCGCUAUACUUCAAAUGCAUCUAUAACAAUGAAAGAAACAAUGAAAACAAUGAAAGUUAUAAACACUAAAAUUAAUUAGUUAAAUUCUUUCCUGAUAUUUUUACGAAAGAAAAAAUUCUAAAUUGAUGAGAUUAUCUGAAAUAAGAACAAUGACGAUAGUUUUGGGAAACUGCAUUACGUGAAUGACAGACAUGCCUUUUCUCUUAGAAGUUAAGAAACAAACAACACAUUUUUUAUAAAAAAAACUAUAUGUUAUUGAUAUAUUAUAAAGCGUAGAGUCAACAUGAUACACAAGUCGUAAUCACGCAUCGGUUUCGCACAAAAAUAAAAUAUUUAUUACUCUCUAGCAGACAGAGAAUAUUUCUUCUCCUUUUUCUUUGCACAGAUGUUACAUGGUUAUCACAUAUUCGAUAAAUUAGUGUAAUCUCGAAUUAAGUCGCAAGAGAUUUUCAAUCUAAUGAAAUAAAAUUGCACCAGCAGUACUUCAGUCU